AUGAAGGACCCUGGGAAUUUUACAUUGCCCUGCACGAUAAGAGGGAAGAUGGUUGGGAACGCGCUGUGCGAUUUAGGGGCAAGCAUAAAUCUAAUUCCCUUGUCGAUUUUUAAGAAGCUGGAUAUCGACAACGCAAGACCAACUAUGAUCACUUUACAGUUGGCCGAUAAAUCAAUAAAGCAUCUUGAGGACAAGAUAGAGGAUGUACUCAUGCAAGCAGACAAGUUUAUCUUUCCGGUAGAUUUUUUCAUAUUGGAUUACGAAGCUGACAGAGAAGUCCCUAUCAUCUUGGGUUGCCCAUUUCUCGCAAUGGGGCGAGCACUGAUCGAUGUGCAAAAAAAGGGAAUUGACCAUCAGGGUCGACGAUCAGGAAGUAAAAUUCAAUGUGUUCGAUGCGUUGAAGUACCCAGGUGA